CUCGUCGCACUACCGGCUCCACAACACACCUCCGCACCGCAUCCUUCAGCCGUUCCACGGCCCUCGACCCGACUUCUUCGUUGCAUUGCGCACUUGAGCAGGACAAUGAGGCCUUCGCAGCUGCUCGCCGGCCUUUUGGCCAUGACUUCGGUCUCGGCCGCCAUGCCCGACGCGUUCGCCAACAUAAACGGCCUGGGGGACGUUAUGGACAUUUUCAGACGCCAAAACGACAACUCGGCCUCAGCUUCAGAACAGCCCUCGAGCAACCAGCCCACACGCACAACUCCACCACAGUCAUCAAGGGCCAGCGCCACCAACAGCGAGAACAACAACGAUGCCUCGACAACCGAGAGGGCAAGUGCGAGCGGCUCGCAGAGAGCCUCGGGCUCGGGCAGCAGGUCCUCGACCAGGACGAGGGCUACCAGCUACGACAACCGCCUACCUGCAGGAGGUAUCUCCAUGGUUACGCCUGGUGUUUUCGCGGGCUCGCAGUUCUACAAGGUCGGCGACUUUGUUACCUUUGCCUGGAACUACACCUCGCUGUCUCAGACACCGACAGCCAUUGACAUCCUCGCUACCUGCACCGCCAACCAGGCCACAUACACCAUUGCUGUCAACCAGUCAGCCACCGAGACACAGGUCGUGUGGGAUACCAAGAACACCCCGUCAGGGCAGGUGCCUUUCUUGACCGAGAAGUACACUCUUCUGAUCUACGAUGCCGAUUCCAGUGUGAGCGCUGCUCCUCGUGCCGGAUACCUGGGUGUAUUCAACACCUUCCAGUUUGGCAUGUACACACCGAAGCCGUACGUCCCAUUCAACGAAUACAAUUGCGUAAACUGCAACGGCGCCCUCUCUCAGUUCGAGAAGAUGACGUUGAAGGCCGUCCUGCUUACAACAGGCACAACAAUCGGUUCGCUGGCCUAUUUCACAUACAGCUUCGGCCUGUGGUAAUGCACCACGACAUGCAGGCAUCUGGACGCCUGACGUCUCGUACACGAUAACGGCAUUCCUUACGCUUCACAUUUGUCUAUAUUUCACUCAUUUCGAAUCAUAAAAAGGCCGGGACUGGCGCUGUGGGGUUGACAGCGUUCAGCGGGGGAGCAAUCCACAAUCAUUUGGAGUCAUCUAUCGUCUGGAGUUCGAGGAGCAUAUAACUGUCUUAUUAUUCUGUGAAGGAAAGGGGACUGCACAUCUUAGGCUACUGACCAACAAGCGUCUUAAUAAUGCGGAAGAUCGCGC